UGGUCUUUGCUGUUUUUGUAUAGCGUGAUAUAAGCUACCGUUGUUUUGUUUUUUUAUUAUUGUAUUUGUAUAUUAUUCUUUGUAUAUUGGAUAUGUAUUAUUUUAUUUUGAUUAGUUUAUAUACAAGGCAACGUCCACUUCUGGCACGCGCGCGUGUUUGUGCGUGUGCAUGUGUGUGUUAGCAGUAUUUGCUCACUGUGUCGGUCGGUGUGGUCAUGCACAGUGACGUCGGUAUCGUCAUCAUUAGCAUCCCCAUCAUUACCACAGAAGCUCUAGUCUGUUUACAGGGUCACUCCAAUAAACGGAGAAGACAUUUCUUGCUGUGGUGGACAGUGGAUCUGCAGCCCUGCAUACUAAACAGGAGAACGAGCUUUUCAUCAUGAACUGCGAUAUAGAUGGAGACAUGGAGAACCAGGUGGAGAUGGAGGAGAAGACGAGGUUAAUAAAUCAAGUUUUGGAACUUCAGCACACGCUUGAAGAUCUGUCAGCACGGGUCGACGCAGUCAAGGAGGAGAAUCUGAAGUUAAAGUCUGAGAACCAGGUCCUCGGUCAGUACAUCGAGAACCUCAUGUCUGCCUCCAGCGUCUUCCAGACCACUGACACCAAGAGCAAACGAAAGUGAGGUACCCUCGAAUAAAAACCCUGAAGUCUUGGGCCAGCAGCUGGGAAAGGAAACCCACCAUCGAAACAUGGAGAGGGGUCUGUUUUCUCAGCAGACCUGGGCGUUUUCUGUCAAAACUAACAACUUAAUAAUCAAAAACAUAAACUGACUGUCACCCAUCCUUCUGACUCAGAAGUCAAUUUAAUGUUAUUCUGGCCCAGGUCUGUUUUGCAGCAGCUUCCUCUCCACACUUUAGACAAGGUAGACAUCACCCUUUAAUCACCAACACAAAAACAGAACCAGACUAUGUAAAUGAAGUGGUUGAGGGUCCAUUCGUACCUUGAGUUUCUUCUUAAUGCUCUCUGUCAAAUUAGUAUCUGUAAAAUAAUUCUUAGCUCUGCUUUACCUGCUUGGUUUUCUGUUUGAGAAAACAAUCCAUAAAUAAUACUGUCAAAUACUGUUUGACCGUGAACCUCAUUUCAACACUGGUUUAUUUGAAUUAUUUCUUUUUGUAAAGCAUUUUCUACGUCAGCUGGAGUUUUUCAGUAGGUCUUUGUUGUCAUCAUGUCUAUAUGAAGCAUGAUUAUUCCUCUAUUUAAAAGCUGGCAAACUAAACAGUAUUACUGAGAAUGAAAAAUGUAUUUGGAUCGCAUGUUUGAGUUAAAUAUAUCUAAUGAAAUGUCAUGAAAUCAAUAAUCACUAACAUACAGACGGUUUAAAUAACUUUUUAACAAAGGGAGGUGGAUUCUAGGUACAUAUAGGUGUCAUUGAGAGCUUGGAAGCAAUGCAAGUAAAAGCACAGAGAAAUUAAAAGUUGUGUAAACUCCAUAAAAGUGUAGGUCUUAACUAACAUCAGUGAUGUUUUUAUUGCAAGUGGUUACAUUUUUAAUCGCAACACAAUAUUUUUGUUCUGUACUUAAAAGUAUUUGUAACCUUUUCAGUUUAUCAUGUCAUGUAGUGUUGUGGCCCACACUGUAAUGUAAUCGUGACAAAGGAAAAGGUAGAGGUCAUAAAUUAUUACAUGUUGUGUCCUUAUCCUGUAACGUCCACGGGGGAGGGGACUGAAUGGGCCAGAUGACACAAGGAGGUGAGAUGGGGAGAUGAGGGGGAGAGGGAUGCUUUCCCCUUUUUAACUGCAAGCAGUAAAGAGGCCUUCAGUGCUAUUGAUCCACUCAGCCGGGCCUGGAAUACAUCACCGGCCAGAGGAGGGGUUUGACUGUAAAAUGUGCUGAUGUCCUCAGUGUACAGCAGAGUGGAGGGUGUGUCCUCCAAGACUGCUGGUGCCUCAGAGACAAAAGGAACGAGGGUAGAAGGAGAUGAGAAGUCAUGUUCAUCUGAACACAUUUUUAUUCCCUUUUUAAACUAAAAUAUCCAGUUCAAUAAUAUCUGGAAAGCAGUCAUUUGUGUUCAAACAUCAAGUGAGGAAUUGGUAAUAUUACAGGAUGCUAAAACACUGUAUGCUGUAAUUUGAGGUUAUUUUGAUCAUUUAAUAGUUGUCUUUUAUUUCUGUCUGGCAUGCAGAUUUUGCCCUAACUACACACGCCCUUGUACCAACUGUCUCGUGUGUAGACAUCCUACACCUUUACCGUCAAACAUUUUUUGUUUUAAUAAAAACCUAAGAUCUA